AGCCGAGGCUCGCGCGUCGGGCGCCCGUCGACCCGCUGCGUCCAGGUGCCCCGGGCCCCGGGCCCCGACGCCCCAAACUUUGGCCAGCGCCGCCCAGGCUCCGCGCGGGAGGAAAGCCAGGAAUUUUCAAGAUGAAUUAUACCGAGUCCAGCCCAUUGGCAGAAUCCACUGCAAUAGGCUUUACGCCUGAAUUAGAAAGUAUUACACCCGUGCCUUCCAAUGAGACCACAUGUGAAAACUGGAGAGAGAUACAUCAUCUAGUUUUUCAUGUAGCAAAUAUUUGUUUUGCAAUUGGAUUGGUUAUUCCAACUUCUCUUCACUUUCAUAUGAUACUUCUUAGGGGGAUGUUCUCUAUAGGAUGUACCCUUUAUAUCGUCUGGGCCACUCUCUACCGAUGUGCCUUGGAUAUAAUGAUCUGGAACUCUGUGUUCUUGGGUGUCAACCUUUUGCAUCUUUCAUAUCUUUUGUACAAGAAAAGACCGGUAAAGAUUGAAAAGGAACUAAAUGGCAUCUACCGGCGGUUGUUUGAACCACUCCGUGUGCAUCCAGAUUUGUUCAGAAGAUUAACUGGACAGUUUUGCAUGAUCCAGUCCUUGAAAAAGGGUCAGACUUAUGCUGUAGAGGAUAAAACCUCAGUUGACGACCGUCUGAGUAUCCUCUUGAAGGGAAAAAUGAAGGUCUCCUAUCGAGGACAUUUUCUGCAUAAUAUUUACCCCUGUGCCUUUAUAGAUUCUCCUGAAUUUAGAUCAACUCUGAUGCACAAAGGUGAAAAAUUCCAGGUCACCAUUAUUGCAGAUGAUAACUGCAGAUUCUUAUGUUGGUCAAGAGAAAGAUUAACUUACUUUCUGGAAUCAGAACCUUUCCUAUAUGAAAUAUUUAGGUAUCUUAUAGGAAAAGACAUUACAAACAAGCUCUACUCAUUGAAUGAUCCUACAUUAAAUGAUAAAAAGGCCAAAACAUUGGAUCACCAGCUCAGCCUUUCUACUCAGAUCUCCAUAUUGGAAAUGAGAAACAGUAUAGCCAGCUCCAGUGACAGUGAAGAUGGAUUACACUAUCUUCGGGGGACCGCCAGCAUUUCUUCUCUUCAUGUGUCAUCCCCACACCAGCGAGCCUCCGCCAAGAUGAAGCCAAUAGAAGAAGGGGUGGAAGAUGAUGAUGAGGUCUUUGAACCCGUGCCUCCAAACACACUUAAAGUGCAUCAAUUGGCUUGAUCUGAGAGAGAAUUCAAGCUGCCAAGAUGGAAAGUGUCGAAGAGAUCCUGAGAAAUACCAGCACUUUUUCAUGGCUUCCAGAUUAUUCUUUUUUAAUACAUCAGGACUGGUAGAGUAUGAGGGCAAGAAAGUGAGGAAGUGUCAAAGAUGGAAAGGUUAUUUUACCUGUCCUUUUUAUUGGUCAGCUUUUUAAAUAAUUGUUUUACUGAGCUUUCUGCCUAAACCUAGUUCUAUUUUGAGAUACAUAUUUUCACAUUAUUUUCUAGACGUAUUAUCAUUUUAACUUAAAUCUUUGCGUGCUCUCAGUGUAAAUGCCUUUCACUUACUUUUCCAAAUUGUGGUUCUUUUUCCUCACAGACAUGUUGUUCACUGCCAUGGCGAUGGAGUCAUUGGUUUGAUAGAUUUAACAAGUAGUGUAAGUUUGAAAUUGAGGUUGAGGUAACAUUAAAAGGCAGGGACUUUCAGGCUUUGUUCAGUUGACUUUUUUAUGGGAAAUUUUAUGACUGGUGUUUAUUUUCCUACUGCCAGAUGCAUUAUUCUACUAGAUCACCUUACUUAUUUGGACACUGUGUAGAUAGCUUGAUAAUGAACCAAUCUCAUCAAACAUUACUCACAUUACCUUUGUGUUAGGCCAUUUAUAAACUGGUCUGAAACCUGAAGCUGGAAAGAUAACAAAUGGAAGCAGUUCUAAGUUCAGCUAAAACUUCAGCUAAACUCGAUUUACCUGUGAUUUAGAGCCAACUUGUCCCACACACUCUGAUGUGGGAAACAUUUUACUUGGGAUAGGGAGGAUAGGAGAGUCAAAGCACUGAGCAAGUGUCCCGGGUAUGAAGUAACUAAGAGAUAAUCUUCCUCCUUCUGUGUUCUGAAGUUUGUUUGUACCUCCAAAGGCAUAGAUGUCUCUUUAAAAUAUGUGCCAGAUACUCAGUGCCAGAACUUUGAGUGUGAACACAGCUGAGGUGAGCAGAUGGGUCAUUCAGGGUAUGCUUUGGGUGCCCAGUCUAGAUACUGCUGUGAGGGCUUGAUUCCAGAUGUUGCUUCUCUCCUACAGUUGUGUUUUAGAAAAUGGUGGUAUUUGACACAGUUUUGCUCAGAUCAUCAAUCCGGCUGGUCAGUGUGACUGGUACCCGGCUAGAUUGAGCGGCCCGGCCGCUCAACUGAGUGAGGCCCAUUGAUUGGAGUUGCUAUGUCAUGCCCAUUCACAUUUAUUUCAUUUUGUCCACUAGAAACAAGCUUCACUUGGUUCCUUGUUAGGUGAAAUAGCUAAGAAACUUCCAAAUGAUGUGAUUUUCAGGUGACCUCAGCCAAAAGAAGCAUUGCUUGCAGAGAGGUGAUUUGUGGCAGAGAAGGUACAGAAAUAAGCUAAUAUACUGUCACCUCAAUUCCCUAAAUCCAUUUUUUCAGAGCUAUUUAUUUUAGUAAUUUAUCUUGAGUAAAAUUUACAUGCUAGGUCAUUCAUUGAGAAAAUGUACACAGGAUUGGGAAUCCAGCUCCUGACAUCUAUUUCAUAUAUUGGCAUAUUAACAUCACAAUAAGAAGCUGGAUUUCAGUUUACUAUCAUAGUUGUCUCUUCAUUUUGCUAAAUUAAAUAUUUAUUUGGGGGAAAUGAAGCAAAGGUGAUUUUGAAGCCUUGGCUUCAAUACUGUAAAGUUAUAUUAGGUUGAACUAUCUCUUUCUGUACCUGAGAGGAUGUGUAUAACUAUACUGAAAUAAUGUUACCACUGCUUUUCUGUAACCAUUGGAGUAAGGUCAUGUAGCCCACCUAGUUCACGGAUGCUAACGACUGAUUUACAAAAUCAGUCUAUAGGGUAAUUAGAUAGUACAUCCUUCCCAGAUUUGUAGGUGAGUUUAGAUUCCUCUAAGACCACGUUUUUUAAUGUUCUAUAAAUCCACAGAACCUUGGAGUUAUCUUGCUUUGUCCCAUCUUCAGGCUUGUUUUACCUUGUAAGCCUUAGACAAUGAGAGAGGGUCAUUGCUAAUGAUCAGUUUGGGCAUAUUUGGGAGUUGUUCCCUGCAGCGCUGGGAACAAACAUUUUUAAAAAGCACACGGCUAAAAUUAGGUGAUAUAAAGUCAGUUCACUGUUUUUAUUAAAAUGUGCAUGUGAGUGUAUAUAGAGGGGUACAGGUGUGUCUCAGUGAAGACUAAUUUCAAGAUUAGGAAUCUUAAAAGAACCACUUUGCCUGAGCAAGAAACAUGAAACUAUUUUUAGAUACACACCUGGAAGGGUUGUGGACAAAGAAACUCAGAAAAGGGGAAGCCUUUGAGUAGCCCUCCCACCUAGACUUGAUAGCAAAGAAGCAGAUAAGAAAACAGAAAACAGUUUAAAUGUAAGCUCUCCAAUGGAUGACUUGAAAUUAAUUCAUGCAGAUGAACAAAUAUAUCUUUGUGUAAUGCAUAAAUACAUAGAUUUUUUUUAAAAACACGUUUACUGCCAAAGCUCCCAAAUAAGAUGCUUCCUGUGUUUUUUGCCAUUCACUUAAGCUGUGUGAUCAAGGUUCAAAAUUAUUCUCUUAUAACCCAAAAUCUACUACAUCAAGUCAAUUGUGAGACUCUGGAGUGGACCAUUUAUAAUAGAAUAUGUGUGUCAUUUAUAAUAGUUUAAAAGCCCUCAUAAAUAUUUACAUUUAUAAAAAUAAUGGCACACUAAACAGAUCCUUGAUAAUAUUUGUAUCUCUUAAAUUAGUAAUAACAGGUGCUAUAUAAUUAUUUUUAAUUACCAUUACCAUCGACCUCCUUUGCUCUGUGGAACCUUUUCCAUCUAUUCCUAUCCCUCAGUGUCACUUGGAUCAUCGGACACCUUUGUGACUUUUGUGCUUUGCUGCUGACACCAUGCACACUAGGAGAUGUCUCUUUAUGUCUGGUUGUCCUCCAACAUGUCUAAAGCCUUCCAGAUUUUCUGAUGUGGAGCUGUCCACUCCUGCCUCCCAGGUCCCAUCAUGGCCCCAAAGACAGGGUCCCUCGGAUGCUGGAAAGUGGAUGUAACCAGCACACUUCACCCUGUCCCAGUGCAGCCAGUGAAUGACUUCAACCUCUGGAGAAGAUUUCCUGCUAGUGUAUGGCAGCUCCCAGCCAGGGCCUCGGGCCUGCAUGUCAGUCCCUCCCUGCAGUGCUCAGUGCCCUCUUCCCUACAGACCCCAGGGCGAGGCUCCAAGAAUCCAAAUGAUUUUUGUUUGUUUGUUUUUUCUCUACUUCUUUGGUCAUUCCUAGAGCUGCUCCACAGAAACCUCAGACCCUGCCCAGCCUGGGUUUCCCCUUCCUCCCCUUUUCCCAUGCCUGCUUUCCCAACCUCUUUUUCUAAUUACCUCCAACUACAGUGAUUAGAAAUUCCCACCUAAUCAACUCAAAUACCCAAGGAUUUGGAAUGGACAGGUUGCUGUGUUGGGAAUCCAGGGUUGAGGCUGUCAACACUGUUUCAGUUCUGCUUAUCAGGUGACAAGGUUUUCCUCAUUGACAGUCACCAGGUUUUGAUUGUCAUGGAACCCCCAAAAUACCUGUGUAUAGCAAUAUUUUGUAGGUGUCAUAAGUUUAAGAAACCUGCAUUUAAGUACUAUUUACAGCUUUUUCUGUUAUACUUACAACCUAGUUUUAAAGUACACAAGGAUUUUAUGAAUGCUUUAUAUAGACAUUAUUUAUAGGAACCUCAUUCUUUUUAGGUGCCAUUUACAUGGACUUAUAAAAAAGAUACAUUUUGUCUGAAU